AACAGCCGUGCAAGAGGCCACACUCCUUGGUGUACAACAACUCUGGGGUAUGUAAUCACAUUAAGCAUUAUCUAGUGUGAAUGUUAAAUAUGACGAUGAUUGUGAUUAUAACUGAAUCAGUAUCAAUCUGCCAAGUACAAUGAGUGCACGUGGAAUCUAACUUGUUUAAUUGAUGCAGACAAAUUACAAAAGAGACAUUACAUUUGUGUGAAUUAAGUGCAUAUGGCAGGACACUUUGUUCAGCACAUAUGCAAACAGAAUGCAGUAACAGUGAUGAUAGGAACAAAAAGUAAAGCACAUGCAAGGUGCACAUUGCCUCUUAUCAGGACAUAUGGUCCCUCCAUCUGGAAGUUUUGAUAAUGUGGGCAGCUAGUACAGCACAUAUCUGAACUUUCACUGCAGAAUACAUACAGUGUAAGUCUGUAUAAACACCACUUUGUUCCAGACUGUUCCAAAACAAUUGAAAUGCCAUGGCGAGCCCCUGAAUUUUCCUCUGGUACCACAAUGUUUUUGGCUUUUAGUGAAAUAUCAUGACUACUAUUGGAUGGAUUUCCUUGAAAUUUGUUUCAUGUGUCCAUGAUGUCCAAUUCCAGAAAAAGCUGGACCAUUUUCUUGUCAAAGUUCUGUUUCCAGGAUCAAGAAUGCACUUUCACACUCACUUUUUAGUUCAUUCAGGUCACGUCUGAUAAUUAGAUUUCUGAGUGAUAAAAGAAAUGAAUACAUUUUUUUAAUGUAAAUAUAAUUACUAAGAAAAUAAAAUAGUCGACCCAAUUUAGGCCCAAUUUCACCAGUAAGGUUCAUUCACUAAAAAUGUGCUAAAGUUUAUUGUACAUUCAAACGUAAACACUUUCCAGUUCAGUUCUAGCAGGUCUGGCAUCAGUAAUAGCAUCAGUACAGCUGUGAGGAGGGUAUUGAGUAUUUAAUAGCACAUAAAUAGUUCAGAGGUUAUAGGGCUGAUUUGAGAACACACUCAGGAUUUGUUAGAAAAAGAAAAAUAAUAGAUGCAAUGUGUAAUUCGCUUUACUAUUAAACCCUGGGGACAGUAUAUUGAUUUUGACUCAUGGGGUUGAGUGCAGUAGUAGGAUGGCACUGUUUCAACAGAAGACAUUAAGGGUAUUAAAUAUUUUUAGAUUUGAAUGUAAGCAUCCAAGAUUUUCAGAAGCCAUGAUUACAGCAGUUGUGAUUGCAGUAAACUACUGUAAUUCUCUGCAUAAUGGUAGAUAGAUAUGAGAGGAUACUUCCAGCAGUGACUAAUUUGGGGUUAGUCACAUUGCUAAUGUGAAUAAGAAUCUAAAGAGGAGACAGCAUUCUAUUAAGCACAGUACAAGAACCGUAAUCAAACCUAGCAAAGCUUCAUCAGUUCAACUUAGCUUCGGGGGCCUCAGCUCAUUUUACUGCUCACUGAAACGUAGCAUGUAAUACCCAGUGGAUGGAGAACACUUCGUUCAUUACUGCUGAUUAGGAAAAAAGAUCAAGCAAAAUAUGUCAACGUGUGAUAACCAGUUAAUGUAUUUUUAAUUAGUGCCUGCUUUUCUUUUCUCCUGUUGAUUCCUAUUCAAAAACCUACCAUUGUGUGCAUUUAAUUCCUCCUCCAGCGGCCUCUCAAUUAACACUUAACUUCCAUUAUGUUUUUGAGGGUGGCAGAGUGACCGAGCAGGGAUACAGCUGUUAGAUUAAAAGUUGAGUGGGUGAGCUCACUGGCUCGCCUUGCUCCCCAUUUUGAAAUGAGGCCUCAGCCAGAGAAUCAUUUUACAAUUUAAUAAGCUAAUAAACGUGAUAUGGCAAGUAGUUUCAAGUGCCCUUGGGGGGUCAAGGCACAGUUUACAAUCCAAUUUAAGAGCUUGUUCUAUUACCAUGCUGACAAAGGCUUGGACAGGCUCAGAGAUGGAGAUGACUGCGUUUUGAGGCAGCCUCAGUGAUACAGCAGAUCGGCUACUUCAAAGGUCACACUCAACACAGAGGGGUCAGCCUGAACCAGACAUACAUUACAUUCUUCAAGAGGGCUCCCUGGAGUCAUAUUGUAAGGCAUUUGACAGCGGCCAGAUUGAUGGAAAAGACCGUCAAAUAAAGUUGAAAUACCUCCGUACGCUCAUACAAGCAAAGGCCAGACACCUCAGCUGUUCAGAGAUUUAGAUUUAAUUGCUUCAAAUUGAGGUGUAAUGUUCUUAUUACUUCUUGAGCAAUCACAAAAGCAAUAUAUUGUGACACCCCACUUUUCUUCCCUUAACUGGGCCCCAUGAGUCAUGUGUUUCUUCCUGGAAAAUAGUGAAGUUUCACAAAUUCAAAAUAAGGAUGUUGCUGCUGCUGUUACUUGGCUAACACACACAUAUGUCCUCCACUCCGAGCUGCUUGGGGCCACACUGUGUCAUCUGGUGCUAUCAGGGCUGAUGAGAGCCUGUCGUCUUUCUGGGUCUGCUGCAGCUGCUGUGUGCACAGAGAGACACAGAAAUGUUGUGAAGGCAUGUCUGUGCUUUGUUGGUGUUGCUUUGUGAGACGGCAACCAGAGUUCAGUGACUUUUUACCUUUCGUAGUUGUGUAAUGGUUUUAUCAUCAUGAUAUCCACAUGGGUGUUAGUGAUUGUCAUGCUGCUGGUAUUUGUGAAUGGAGCCAUAAACAAGGAUGACACACAGCUGUGUGCAAAGGUCCAAACGUCCAGCUCAGUGGUGCCUUUGGGGUCACCUGUCACAGCCACCUGUGUCAUCAGAGACGACUGCCCUCUGCUCAUUGGACAAGCUGUUCAUAUAGAGUGGCGCCUUGGUGAUCGCUUUCUCCAAAGCAGCCCCAUGGCCAGUGAGAGCGGCAGAGUUUCCGAGGUUGUUAUACCGAGCUUCAAUUACACCAGGGCGUUCCUCACCUGCUGUGUCCAGGCCUCUGCUCUUCAAGUGGUUGGAGGAGUGGAGAUCAGAGCUGGAUAUCCACCAGAAGCACCACAAAACCUCUACUGUCAGACAAACCUCACCACCCCUAACACCCUGACCUGUAGCUGGGACCCUGGGCAGCAGGAGACCCACCUGCUCACAAAGUACACCCUCCACACCAAGAUAUGGGAUUCAAACGAGAACCACGUUUACGAGCUGCUACCAGGAGUCCACUGCUACACCAUCCCUCGCUCUGGCUUUGCCCUGUUCUUAGAAAUGGAAAUAUAUGUGAAGGCAGUGAAUGAACUUGGAGAAGCAACCUCAGUACCUAUCAUUUUAGAACCUGUCAGUGCAGCUAAGUUUGACCCACCAACGAUUCUGAAGGUUCAAGUUGAGCCUAAAAGGUACGGCUGCCUAAAGUUGAGCUGGAGCUUAUCUCAGCAACAGGCCUGGAUGCAUGACUGCCGCCUGAACCUGGAAGUCCGACUUAAGACUGCUCACAGCAGUCAAUGGAGUGAACGACCAAUCCUGGUGAGCCGGGUUAGACCAACCAGACCUGUGGAGCAGUGUCGUCUCCUCCAUGGGACUCAGUAUCUCGCCCAGAUUAGAGUCAGAUACCAGCAAAGCCCCUGGAGUGAAUGGAGCAGCAGCCAGUCUGGAGUAACCUUAGAGAGUGCUCCCUCUGGACGCCUAGACACGUGGAUGAAGGUAUCAGGGGAUGACAAAGACAAACAACUCAACAUACACUUGUUUUGGAAGCCAUCAAAACAGUUCCGUGCCAACAGCCAAAAUGUGUCAUACAUUGUCUCGGUGCAAAAACUGGCAGGUGAAAAGGGAAAGGUGUGCUCUACAUUGGGGAAUUACUGUACUUUCCAGCUUCCCAAGAGAGCAAAGAAAGUGUAUCUAAGUGCUGUAAAUGCAGCAGGGAAAUCCUCCCCCACUGAAGUUCCGAUUUACUCACCUAAAGCUCAUACAGUGAUAUCAGACAUCACAGUCACUCCUCAUAAUAACAGAUCCCUACUGGUCCAGUGGAGAAGCCUGAUUUCUUCCAGUCUUACUGGUUUUGUGGUGGAAUGGAGACCUUUGUUAAAAACAGACCUCUCUCUCACCCAGUUUAUAAUGACUGCCAGAAACCAGACAAGCAUUGUUAUAACAGGCAGCUUUGAGCCCUACAAGCCCUAUGGGAUCUCUGUGUAUCCUAGGUUUAAGGAUGGGAUAGGCCUUCCUCAGACUGUUAAUGCCUACUCGAAACAAAAGGCUCCAUCCAUGGUUCCAAAAAUAAGAAUUAAAAAAACUUGGCAGUCAGGUAUUGAGCUUACCUGGGAUGAAAUACCGUUAGACCAAAGGAACGGAAUUAUCCAGAACUACAAAGUUUUCUACUGGAAUGAGAAGGCACUCAUUAACGUUGUGAAUGCUGCCAGGGAAGAGAGGAGGGUGGUCCUGAAAGACCUCAACACUAUGUCUCUGUAUGAAGCUUUCAUGAUGGUUAGCACAUUUGGUGGGAGCCUGAAUGGGUCAACAAUUCAUUUCGAAAUCGAGCCCUUUGAUGCGGUUGCUGUUAUGAUGAUUGUAACUGCGUCUGGUGUUGGACUGUCAUUGCUCAUUAUCUUCACAGUCAUGACUUGUUUCUCCAUCCACAAAAGGCUGAAGGGGCAUUUCUGGCCAGCUGUUCCAGAUCCGGCUAAUAGCAGCAUCAAGAGAUGGACAUCAGGAUCAGCACAGAAUACCCAUCUUGCCUCGGACAGUGAGGAUCCAAAUCCAAUUUACCUGUCCCAUCUCAGCUUCCUGGACCUCCCUGUGAAACUAAGUAAAGAGGAUGAUGACCCAUGGUUAAGCGGUACAGAUGACACCAGUGACCUGGGAGAGUCCAUUUGUGGUUCACCAUUCAUCCCUGGCUACUCUGGUUCAAACAGCGACUCUGUUCCUUAUGCCACUGUGAUCUUCUCUGGUCCAUGCAACAGCCCUACACCUAAAGCACCUCAUGUCUACCUGCGUUCUGAGUCCACACAGCCCCUCUUGGAGACUGAAGAAUCCUUCAGUCCAAAGUGCUACCAGAAUACGGCAAAUGAUGGGAUGUCAAGGGAGCAAUGUUUUUUUGGCCCGUGCCAUGAUUGUGCACCUGAAGAAGUUGCAGACCCAGACAUUCUGUGGGACGACUUUCCUUUUCUACGAGCAUUAGCAAUGAAUGAUACUCAAAAUGACUAAAAGUACUUUGCUGAUUAUAAGAGAGCUUUGCAAGACGUUGGUGUAGAUCUGAGUUUGUGUAAUGAGCCCAUUGUGAUAAACUGAUCCAGCAUAGCACACAGCUGUAAAUGCAUGCUAGUUUUAAUCCUAAAAUCACUUUGAUAUUUAAUGAUUAUGAUGCCCAUGCUCUGUCUGUACCACACUUUGUAGAUACAUCACCUCCUUAGAAAAUAAACUUUUUUACUGAAGAAAAAAUUAAUAUUGCUGAGAUGAUACUGUUGUGGGUUAUAUGCAAACUUUCUCAAAAAUACUUACCUUUUAAGUAUUAAGGGGGGACUAAGGGGACACAGUUAAAACAGUGUCUUUGAAUAAAAAAAUGUAACAGGAUAAAAA